AUGGCGCCUCCAGACCAUUCACAUCAGCAGCAGCCGUUCACACCAAGCUCAUCCUCAACAGCAGUUUACGCGUCGCCAGCAUCAGAAUACGGUCGCCUACCACCACCUAGACAAACUACUGGGCCUGGUGCACCAACACAGCCAGCCGUGACGGCCACUUCAACACCAUCGUCAUCAGUACCACCCACUCAAACUUACCCCUACAACGGCGUCAAGUCGGAAGAUAGCAUCGCCGGGGACGACUCUGCCAGCCCUGACGGACUGCACAACCCAGACGAACCUCCCAAGAAGAAGCAGAAGCGUAACAAACCAACCCUGUCCUGCCACGAGUGUGUUGAACGCAAAACAAAGUCUAAGCUUCCUCUGUCAGCAAGGCAAAUUGCUUUUGCUUCCCCUCCCCCCCGCACGCACGCGCACCUCGGUGGCCCACCUGUGAUCGAGGCAGACCUCAUUGUCUGGCCUGCAUCAAGCGCCAGACAGAAUGCAAAUAUGCUCAUGUUGCAAAUCUGCUCGAAUGGCAAUACGAUUCCCAACAUUGCCGACAGGGGCCUCAUAGAAGGUCGGGGCUUCACGUCUCGCGGCUCUGUCGGCUCCAUCGCCUUCUCAUCUUCCACCGGCUUGCUUUCUAAUGUGCCCUACUCCCUGCCGACGGCUAGUAAUGUCUUCGGCAUCGGUUCUGAACACCCUUUCGCGAACUAUUGGACUUGUGAGGGUGGACUGCCCGAGGUCAUCUCCGUCCUGCCAGACAAGAUCCAGGCCGACAUUUUGCUGGCGCAGUACUUUGAAUGUGUUGACCCGGUGUACCCGAUGAUGCAUCGGCAGACCUUUUAUGCUGAUUACGAGCACUUUUGGAGCCUGAGCGCCGAGGAGAAGAACCGCGUGGAUGCUGCUUUCAUCGGGCUUAUUUUUGUGAUGCUGGCGCUGGGCACGCAGUUUGUGACGUCGACCUCACCCAAGGAUGGGAAGCAGACGGCCGAGUUUUACGCAUCUGCGAGUAACCAGGCACUGCGCAUGUUUUCGUAUUUGAGUGCUGCAUCUCUACGGUCCAUUCAGGCCAUGGUAUUGCUGACCUACUUCUUGAUCAACGACAACCAUGCAUCAGAUGGGUGGGCAUUCGCAGGUAUACUCAUACGCCAAGCCUACGCCAUGGGCUUACACCGCGACCCCAACAUUGUCACCCCCGAGGCGACCAUCUUUGAGAAGCAACAGCGCCGCAAAGUCUGGCAGGCCGUCCUGCUCCAAGAUACCUUCUUAACCGUUCUCCUCUCCUUGCCCCCCUCGGCAACACACACGGACGUCUCGGUCGAAGACCUGCUCGACGAUGGCUCGGCCAUCGCGUCAAGCGACCCUACAGACAUCGCUUACAUCCGCGGAUCCUGGACGCUCGCCAAUCUCGUCCAGGAGACCAUCUGCUCGCCGCGGUCCCUCGACAUGCCCAUCUGCACGACGGCGCGGCACAAGUCGAAGCUCGUGGCCGACUUCCGUGCCGUGUAUCGCUCGUUCCCGGACGUCUUCCGGUCAUGGGACGCCGAGAACCUCACGGCGCUGGCGAGGACGAACAAGCGCGUCGUCCGCCAGACGUUGUUCCUCACAAGCAACUACCAUCACAACAUCAUGCUUGUGCACGCCUCGGAGAGUCCCGAUGUGCCGGUGAACGUGCGCGGCACGCUCGAGGCGGCGCACGAGGCCAUCAACUCCUUUUUUCUGUUGUUCAACAUCUUUGAGCUGGAAGCGCGCGUGUGGUGGGUCUUUAACCAUCGCGCGUUCCUGGAGGCGCUGUGCAUCGGCAGCGUGCUCCGGGAGACGGCGAAGGACCCGGCGGCGACGGAGGCUGCGGAGCGGGAUCCGCUGUUUGUCAGGGCCAGGGCCGACAUAUCGCGCAUGAUUCAAAUCAUGGAGUUGAUGGGCGAGGGGGACCAAGGGUCCGAUGUUGCGCGGGCCCGUGUCCAAGUGUUGAAGGACCUCCUAUGA